CUUUGCCUAUUUAUCCUCAUCUAAUUUGCGAAACCAACGUGACAUGUAUAUUAGAUUACACAAUUGCCCCUGAUUUUCUAAUCUCUCGGGGAGAAUUUAAUUUAUAUUUACUUUUUCGACCCUUACAUUUACGAAUUUCACAAUUGCGCCACAUCGCACCCCUGAGAAGUGAGAAGCAGAGACUCGUUCUUGUUCUUGUUGAGUUCUUGCUCUCAGAAUCGGCGCCAUGUUCUUCCUCCGAGUUCACUCGGUCGACUCGGAGCAGCCUCUGGACCCUGAAUCCAUCUUCUCCGAAAACGAUGAAGAUUCGAGCCCUAAAUUCAGGGAGCGAAGAGGGGUUCUCCACUUGUUCCGGAGCUCCUCUCACUCCUCGAUCCCAAGCCCUAGCUCUCGCUCUUCCCUUGUCUUCAUUCUCGCCGUUCCCAAUUACCUCUCCUUCGAUGACCUCAUUCGCUGGUGCGGACCCCACCUCCACCAUCUCCACCGCCUCCUCUUCAUCAGGAAUGAUGGAAUGGAAGAUCGCUACAGUGUGCUGAUUGAACUUCAGGAUCAGCGUGCAGCUGAUGCGUUUUAUACCAAUUUCAAUGGCAAGACUUUUUCUCCUGGAGAGGCAGAGGUGUGCCAUAUCCUGUUUUUGGUUUCUGUGGAGUACUCAGAAUGUGCAGAUAUUGCUGGGACUCCUCCUGAUGGAUGUACUGAAAUACCAACUUGUCCAGUUUGCCUCGAGAGAUUGGACCCGGAUAGAAGUGGAAUACUCACUACACUUUGCGAUCACUCCUUUCAAUGCCCUUGUGUUUCAAAGUGGACAUACUUGUCUUGCCAGGUCUGUCGAUUCUGUCAACAGCAAGAUGAGAAGCCAAGUUGUUUUGUUUGUGGAACGUUAGAUGAUUCCUGGGUUUGUAUGAUUUGCGGGUUUGUUGGAUGUGGAAGAUAUAAGGAAGGACAUGCUAUCCAGCAUUGGAAAGACACCCAGCACUGUUAUUCUCUUGAUUUCAAAACACAGCAAAUAUGGGAUUAUGUAGGUGACAGUUACGUCCAUCGGCUGAACCAGAAUCAAUCCAAAGUUGAUGGCAAGUUCGAGGGAAUGAAUUACCGCUGUAUUCUACAAAAUGGAGACUGUGAUGAGUGUGAAUGUCAUGAUGAUCUAGAAAUUGAUGGAGCCCUCUACAACAGCAAAGUUGAGGCAAUUUUGGAUGAAUACAACCGUCUUCUAACAUCUCAGCUGGAAACUCAAAGACAAUAUUAUGAAUCUUUGCUGGCAGAGGCAAAAAGCAAAGUGGACAGUUCUGUCUCUGAAGCAGUGGAGAAAGCUGUAACUUCUGGAUUGCAGGACAUCCAAGAUAAACUGGAAAAGUGUACAGAAGAGAGAAAUGGUGUUGCUGAGCCAGUUCUUUCUGCUCAUAGGAGAAUAAGAAGCUCAUACAAAAUCAACAGCUAUGGCGAAACAAAAUUAAAGAAGCUGAAGAGAGGGAAGCCGCAUUAGUAAAAUUCAUGAACCAAAAGAUAACUGAUAUGGAGGAACAGAUUAGGGAUGUCAAGAUUUUUGUGCAAGCACAAAAAACAAUUGAUAAGAUGACAGAUUCAAAUGGAAUCAAGGACGGAACAGUGUUACCAGUGGCUUAUGAGCAAUCUACUCCCGGCAACAGUAAGAGAAACAGGAAGUCUGGUCGAAGGCGAAACUAGUUGUUAGUUGUCACCACCAACCAUAACAAAUAAACAACCGUUGCAACAUUAACACACUGAAGUUUUCACGAGGGAGUUGGCACUGGCUAAGGAUCGCUAAGCGCCACCAGCCACUGAUACUUGUUUAGUACUGUAAAUCGAUGAUAUAGUCAUAUAAAGGUAGAUUCAACUUUUUGUGAUGACAUAGUCAUAUUGACUUGGCUGCCGAGCAUUGCAAAGAAACAAUCACACGUUUUCUCUGGAUCAAUAUAUUUCUUUAAUGUCCCAAAUUUGUGUAGAAAUUAAAGUAUAUGCAAGUGUCGGGUCGUGACGUGUGCGUGUAUAUACAUUUUAGAUCCCAAAAAUCCAAAUUUACAUGUCUUCUUAAGUUUCAAACCACAAAUUGGACAAAGAAUGAUCUGUUGACAUCAUUAGCAAUAAAAUAAAUAUUUAUGAAA